AUGAUAUUUUGUGUUAUUUAUAUCCAUGAAUUAACAAGACCAUAUAAAACCAUUCAUAAUGUUUAUCAAUCCAACCAUAGUCCUACAAACCCAGAAUACAAAUACUACACACCUAUUAACAACCAACUCGAAAAUCCACCAAACCUUUAUAUUACACCAACCCCUAUCGAACCACCACCCCCUGAAAAACUCCCAAAAACCCCAAAAUUAACAACGGGGAACAUGCAUGAAUUUCCAGCCAAAAAGUUGAACGCCCCUAAAAUUCCAAAAAUUCUCCGAAAAUUUAGACCCAUUUUUACCAGGAUUUCGAACAUCAAAUUCAAACAAAACAUCGCAACUCAAACCACACACCACAUCCAAACCAACCACAAACAUCAACUCACCACAUCCAAACCAACCCCAAACAACAAUAACACCACAUCACCGACCAUCCAGAUGAACAUUAAUACAAACCCACUCAACCCGAAUACCAACCCAAACAAUAAACACAACCAACAAACAACACACCUCGAAAUAAACUACACCCUAACCAAACCAACACAACCCAAUCAACUCACACAACCAAACAAAAGAUAG